ACAGCAGAGCGUUACCAGAGUUCAAGCACGCUGCGCAGGCCGGGUCGUCCGCAGUCCCUCUCGCCGCCCAAGUCAUGGCUCUGGUGCGCGCGUGCCGUGCUCUGUCGGUGCCGACGCUGGCGCGCCGCGCGCUGACGGUGGCGCCCCGCCGGCAGCUCACCUCCGUCUCCGCCGAGACGCCCAUUGGCGUCGUCGGUGUCGGAAAUGUCGGCGAUGCCGUCUGCAAGAACCUCCUGCGCAGCGGCUACAAGGUGGCGGCAAUGUACGACAUUGACCCCCGGCGCGGCGCGGACCUGGACGACCGUAUCCCGCGGGCCACCUGUUCCCGCCAGGUGGCGGAACAGUCCGAUGUCGUCAUCACGUGUCUGCCGAAGCCGGCCCACGUGGAGGCGUCGUACUCGGGCGCCGACGGCCUGCUGGCGGGGCUGCAACACGGUCGCCGUUUGGAUCGACCACUAGACCACAGACUAUCAGCAGACCAUCCAGGUACCACCAGCAGGUGA